UUCGCGUUAGUACUUGGUUAAGUUGGCAAAGAGCUAACUGAAUUUGUGCAACCGAAAAUGAGAAAGAACCCGUUUCGAUUUACAUAAGAAAUACGAAACUAGCAAAGACGAAGGUCACAACGGCAGUGUGCCCGUCGGUCUUCAAUAGACCGCUGCAUUGUUUUCAUUAAAUUUAUAUUUUUCUUCUAGUCUACUACGUUUAGUGUGCGGUGAUCGAGAUGUGUAAUAAACAUGUUUUUGUUAGUUUUUUUACGGUAGUUGCGGCCUUUGUCAGUUCCUCUACGGCACUUCUUGCGCCGGAUUACAUUCACCCGUGCAACAGUACUGAGUCAGAAUGCCUCGUCAAAGCAACGCAAGACGCUAUUCCAGAAUUCUCUAAAGGGAUACCAUAUCUCGGAGUGCCGUCUCUAGAUCCCUUCAUUAUCGACAACCUACCAAUACAGUUGCCUGGAGUCAAGGUAACAUUCUUGGAUGGAAAAGUAACGGGUUUGAGGAAAUGUCAAGUGUUGAACGUUGAGGCAUAUCUUGAAAAAAAUGUAUUCAUCCUGGAAGUUCGAUGCAACAUAACAAUAAAAGGCAAAUAUACAGCUGUGGGGAGAUUAUUAUUGUUUCCAAUAAACGGAGAAGGUGACUCCAAAAUAAAAAUAGUAAACUCCGUCAUAAAAAUGAACAUAAAAACAAAGUAUUUCAAAGAUGCUGAUGGACGGGAUCAUUUUGGAAUUAAAAGCUACAGAUACACUUUCGAUUACGGAGAAAGGAUUCAUUAUACUAUAAGCAAUCUAUUCAAAGGAAAUGCUGAAUUAAGUAAUACAGUAUUGAGAUUUCUUAACGAGAAUUGGAGAGUAGUUACCGAAGAGUUUGGACAACCUGUUGUGGACUACGCAAUGAAUGUUACCAUAGAAACAGCGAAGAAAUUCUUUGAUGCAGUACCUUAUGACGAAUUAUUAUACGUACCAAUACCUAAAUAUUAAUCAUAAAACAUUUUAAUAAAUAAACCCACCUGAUACCUAAUUACUUAUCAUAAUGAUGCCGAAAAAGAAGCUAUAGAAUUUAAAUAUUAUUUGAAUUAUAAUCAUUAAUGAUACUUUAGAGUGUUAACUUUUAAUUGUAUAUGUUUUAUAAAACAACUAACCAACUAUAAAAAAAUAUAUAAUACUCAAAUUAAGUUUACUGAGAUUAAUUUUAAAGAGAUUUUAACGUGUAAAAAGAUUAGUUAUUCAUAUUAUUAAUCAAGUAAUAAUUUUAAGUAUUAUAAUUUAGAUUUAAGGUUGACGCGCAUUGCUCCAUUCCUCGAUCCAUGAUCGAUAGUAAUUGCAAAUAUUUUAUUUUAUAAAAUCUUUCUGUAUUGUUAAAUGUGAAUUUAUAUUCUAUGUAUUUGUUUUAAUUUUGUAUCUUUAAUUUCAAGAAUUA